CGAAUACUUCUUGAUCCCAAGCUUCCCACUCCCCCAACUUUGCACUCCACCGCCCGCCAAUUGCUCGCUCCAAAUAUUAAACGCUUCACUCAUUUACCAAUCAGGCGGAGGGAGCAGAAUGGCGAGCUUCGAGCAAGAUCUCCACCGUCCAUCUCACUCCAUCGAGGAUCCUCCACCUCCUAAGAACCGCCCGAUCAUCGAGAUUGCUGAUGCUGAAGACCUCAAGAGGAAGUCCAAGCGGGUGGCCUCGCUCGACAUCUUCCGUGGCCUCACCGUUGCUAUUAUGAUACUGGUGGACGAUGCAGGCGGCGAGUGGCCGGUGAUAGCUCACGCGCCGUGGAAUGGGUGCAAUCUUGCUGAUUUCGUGAUGCCCUUUUUCUUGUUUAUCGUGGGGAUGGCUAUCCCUUUGUCUCUCAAAAGGAUACCCAACAGGCUUCUUGCUGUAAAAAGAGUGAUGAUUAGGACUCUCAAGUUGCUGUUUUGGGGAAUCCUAUUGCAAGGUGGGUACUCACAUGCUCCAGAUAAAUUAACAUAUGGAGUUGACAUGAAACAUAUAAGAUGGUGUGGCAUCCUGCAGCGCAUUGCUCUUGCAUAUGUGAUAGUAUCACUGUUGGAAAUUUUGACAAAGAAUGCGAAGGUUGUGACUGAGUCACCUGACCAUCUCUCAAUCUUUAAAUUAUAUUGUUGGCAAUGGUUGCUAGGAAUCUGUAUUCUAGGGAUCUACCUGAUAGUGAUUUAUACGACCUAUGUCCCUGACUGGGUCUAUACAGUAAAGGACAUUGACAGUCGCGAUUACGGAAAAGUUUUUGCUGUUAAAUGUGGUACUAGGGGGCGAUUGGAUCCUCCUUGCAAUGCUGUGGGAUAUAUUGAUCGCCAAGUGCUAGGAAUCAAUCACAUGUACCAACAUCCUGCUUGGAAGAGAUCUAAGGCUUGCACUUAUGAUUCCCCUCAUGCGGGUCCAUUUAGGAAGGAUGCUCCCUCAUGGUGUCAUGGACCAUUUGAACCGGAAGGAAUACUAAGUUCGAUAUCUGCUAUUCUGAGCACAAUAAUCGGGGUGCAUUUUGGACAUGUUCUUGUUCAUAUGAAGAGUCAUUUGGAUAGAAUAAAGCAGUGGGUUGCGAUGGGUGCAAGUCUCCUCGUUCUUGGAAUUGUUAUGCAUUUUUCACAUGCAAUUCCUCUAAACAAGCAAUUAUACAGCUUCAGCUAUGUUUGUGUUACUGCCGGAGCAGCCCAUGUUGACAUCAUUGGAUUGUGCUAUUUGUUUCUACCACUGGAAUGGAUCGGCAAGAAUGCUAUGUUAGUCUAUGUAAUGGCAGCUGCAGGCAUUUUCGCAGGAUUUUUCAACGGAUGGUAUUAUGAGAGCCCAAAUAACACUCUGGUCUAUUGGAUUCGGAAGCACAUAUUCAUUAACGUUUGGCACUCAGAAAGGGUGGGCAUUCUCUUGUAUGUUAUUUUCGCUGAAAUAUUAUUCUGGGCACUGGUUGCAGGGAUUUUACAUUGCUUGGGUAUUUACUGGAAACUGUAGAAUUUCAAGCCGGUACAGUGUGCAAAGAUUGUAGUAGCUGUUGGUAAUAUAACUUUCAUUAUUGAAAUUUCAUGUUUAUAGCCAACAAUAUAUUUCAAUUCACAUGAAAAUGUACUCUAUCAUUUAUUCUGCUGAGAAUUUGGGCAUUCCUCAGUGAGUAUUUCAUGCGAAACAGAAGUAAAUUCUCAUUUCACUUGUCA